CUGGGCCGACAAAAACGUCCGAGCUUCCAUCGUGAGAGAGACUUCAGCGAAGAUAUGUGUACACCACACCAUGGCCAUAUAUAAGACUUCAGGUGGCCCCUCAACAAUAUUUGCCGAAGACUCACCCGCACCAGUCCAACGAACCCAACUAAAAAUCUCAAGUUCGAACCACCACCCCUUCCUGGACUUGAACAAUUUCAGGGGUGUCGCGUGCCAGGAUGAACACCCUUCGGAUAGCCUCCCAAACAUGUCGGCCCAGAAUAUCUUCGUCGUCGAUGUCAGUGUCGCAAAGGUUGAUGCCUGCUGUCGGUGUCCGCUGGAGCUCACAUUCACCCUUGGGUGCAACACUCACCACGCGCAAGCCUGUCACCAUCAAUACCAUCCAGAGCCUUUACCGUAAGAAAGAUCCAAUCACUGUCAUCACUGCCCAUGAUUUUCCGAGCGCUCAUGUCGCCGAUCAUGCUGGCAUGGAUAUUAUACUUGUUGGAGACAGUCUUGCUAUGGUCGCCAUGGGUAUGGACGAUACGAGCGAAGUGUUGCUGGACGAGAUGAUCUUGCACUGCAAGUCAGUGGCACGUGCUACCAAGGGUGCUUUCACGGUGGGAGACCUACCUAUGGGUAGCUACGAGAUCUCUCCUGAGCAAGCUCUAGCUUCCGCCAUCCGAGUGAUCAAGGAAGGUCGUGUCAAAGCUGUCAAGCUCGAAGGUGGGAAAGAUAUGGCGCCGACUAUAGCUAAGAUUACCGGAGCCGGUAUUCCCGUGCUUGCUCAUAUCGGCCUCACACCUCAAAGACAGAACGCUCUUGGUGGCUUCCGAGUGCAAGGCAAGACUAUCUCCUCAGCUGCCAAGUUCUUGGAGGAUGCACUGGCCGUUCAGGAAGCCGGUGCCUUUGCCAUGGUCGUCGAAGCAGUACCGGCAGAGGUUGCCGAACUGGUGACGAGCAAGCUCAACGUACCGACCAUCGGCAUUGGUGCUGGCAACGGCUGCUCGGGCCAGGUGCUUGUCCAAGUUGACAUGCUUGGCAACUUUCCACCAGGUCGCUUCCUGCCCAAGUUCGUCAAAAAGUUCGGAAAUGUGUGGGCGGAGUCCCUCAAGGCUAUCGAGCAGUACAAGGCAGAGGUGAAGAGUCGAGCUUACCCUGCUCCAGAACACACGUACCCCAUGUCUAAGGAAGUGUUCGAGGAGUUCGAGAAAUAUGUGAAGGAAAGAGAGUAGAGUUGGCUCGCGUUGCUGGUGAUUGGAUUUCUGCAUUUUCACAUACCCCUGUUACAUCAGUAGCAACUUGCGUUUAUUUGGGCUUGAUGCCCGGUCGAAGUAGGAUGGGCACUUGUGCUGCUGCGAUUGUGCAU